CUUGUGCAUCAGAGUGCGGUCUCGUAUCGUUUCCUGCAAGCUACAACAAGAAUGUCAGAGAUGAGUUCAAUCCAGCAGAGUUUACAACCAAAACUGGAUCAGCUGGAGUGUCACUUCACUUGGGACAUUAAAAAAGUUAAUCUAGUCUUAACAGAUGUCCUAAAUAGGCUCGAGGAACAGCUCAAGAUGAUGGGUCUAGGAUGGGAGUUAGGAGUCGCACGAACUCAUUGCUCUUUAGGAUAUUUGGAAUUCCUUCUUGAGCACAAAGAAAGGGCCCUAACCCACCUGUUGAAAUCUGAGACACUUAUUAAAGAAAAACUUGGAGAGAACUGUGACAAGACUCUAAUUGUUACCUAUGGAAAUUUAGCCUGGAUAAACUACCACAUGAAGAACUACUCAGAGUGUGAAAGUUACCUGAUGAAGCUUCUGAAGAUUAAUGAAACAUUGCCAACCCAGCCUUCAUCUGUUCCAGAGGUGCUGGGUGAGAAAGGAUGGGCCUAUCUUAAAUUCUCUCACAAAUAUUGUGGCAGAGCCGUAGAAGUUUUCCAGAAGGCUGUGGAACUGGAUCCAGAAAAUAGCGAGUGGAACGCUGGUUAUGCCAAGGCUCUGUAUCGCAUUGAACCUAGUACAUCUUGCACUGUGGAUUCACCUGCGAUCAAACAGCUGAGAUUGGCCAUUGACGACAACCCAGAUGACAAUGCUUCGAGAAGUCUUCUAGGACUUAAACUUUGGUUUUGUUCCAAGAAGUUGAUGGAUGAGUCUGAGAAACUAGUGGAGACAGCUCUGAAUGGCUCUCCAGAAGAUCCACAUGUCAUAAGGUAUGUUGGGAAAUACUUCAGGAAUCAAGGGUCUGUGGACAGGUCCAUUGCACUGCUGAUGAAAGCACUUGAAAGAUCACCAAACUCAAGUUUCAUACAUCAUCAGUUGGCAAUGUGCUACAAGAAAAAGAAAAUUCAUUUACAGAAAGAAAAACCAGACAGAGGAAGCCAGAGGAACCCAGGCAGAGGAAGCCAGACUGAGGUAAACAAUGCAAGAAAUGAGUUUAUCUACUACUUAGAAAAGGCAACUUCUCUGAAAGCUAACUUUAUCAUUGCCAUGAGUGAGCUUGCACUACAAUACGGAGAGAGAUAUGAACUGUCCAAGGCAGACAGUCUGUUCCAGAGAACAUUUAAGAUAGCUAGAGAGAAAAAUGAUGGUGUCCAUGUUGUCCACUGUUUCUAUGCUGAGUUUCAGCAGUACAGUAAGAGAUGUGAGGACUUAGCAAUCAGGCACUACGAGGAGUGUUUCAAAAUGAAUCCACAUUCUAGUCACGGGGAAAGAAGUGCAAAGAAACUGAUGAUCAUUGCUCAGAGACGUAUCACGUUUAAGCCAGAUGAUUGGGAGGCCAAUGAAAUACUGGCAUUAAUUUACCAAAACUCUGAGGCCACCAAGAGCCAUUUGGCCACUUCAGACAAUGAAGAGGAUGAUGAAUACCAUAGUAAUCUUAGUGAGUGCCUUAAAGGAUGCACAAUUUAUGGUUAAAAACCAAUGGGUCUUAAUUGUGCACAGAAAACAUGUGCAAAGACACAUAAAUCUGUUCUUACUUUCGUUCUUAUGAAAUUCUGGUGAGUUCUCAUGAAGAAUGCAGGUGAUUCCAACUGAGGGUGUCCCCACAGCUAGUAAUUUGCAUAAAACAUGCCCAAACUAUGUCCAUAUAAGGGCAUUGUAAAUAGUCUCACAUCUCUCUUUGUCUUCCUAGCUUGCUCCCUUUCUCAUGCAUGCUCACUUCCGCUUGAGAGGAAGAUCUUUGAGUAAAACAUUGCAUUUUCAAAAGCAGAUAAAGACAUGUUGAAUUUAAGCAAAGUGGGGUAUUUAACCUUUAGUAAUUGUACACACAUUCAUUAAUAAACUGACAAUGACAUUCACUGAUUAUUCUAUAAUUGAUCAUGUAUAAUUGACUUUUAAAAAAGAAAUGAAAACAGCGAUAAGUGUCCAAUCAGAAACUUCAAGGUCAGAGAUGAUGACUCCUUCAACUGUAAACUGUGUUUUAAGAAAAUGUAGAAACACAUCUUUAAAAUAUGACGAAAUGUUCAGUUCACCGUAUUCAUUUAUUUUGUUAGCCUAUUUUUUGCAUGUUAUAAUCCAAUUUUUUAUAUGUUGUAGACUUAAUUUUCAUCAAAAUUCAGUUACACUUCCCUUUUGACAAGUUGUUUCUUAAGGUCAUUAUGCUGUUUCAUUAGAAUGUCAUUUAAAUGAAUAAAGUGUUCAGUAAAGUGUGUCAUUGUAGGGAACAUAUUGUAGGAAUGUUAGAUGCAUCAUAAGUGCAAUUAUAAUUUGUGUUAACUUGGGCUUUAGUUAUGCAUUAAACUUGUAUUACUUUUACAGAUACAUUACAGAAAAUAUUUGAUGCAAAUCUUUUUUUUGUGCUUUUUGUGUUUGAAAAUUUACAUAAUGACCUUCCUGUAUUGAUUUUACCAAUAAAUAAUGUCACUUGA